AAUAGCAAAUUGUGAGUUUACAAAAGAAUCAUAACCAAUUUAAAAAAUAGAUAUAUACAUGUACGUAUGUGCAUAACGUUAAAAAAAAAUUGCUAGCAUUUAAUAAAACCUUUUUUAUGACAAUAGCAACGGACCCCAUUUAUUUGCUUGCUCCUAAAAUCGGUAUUUUUAUAUAAACCACCGUGUGUAAUGUCCUUUUCAGAAAAUUUUAAAUACUCUAUAAAAAUAAACGUUUUGCUAAACCUGAACGAAAAUAAGCUUUUUCUUUAUUUGAAUGUAAGCGCCAAGUUAACGGCUUUCUCGAUAGCAAGAAUUGAUAACGAUACCAUGCCGGCAUGUCCCACCACUAGAUAAUAAAAAAAAAAACAAAGAAAAAUAAGGAAAUAAAAACAAGUGAUUGGAUAAUGCUUGUUUAUUGAUUCCGCUGCUUUAACUUGGAGGAUCUCUUUUGUUAUGUGCAUUUAUUAGUAUAUAUGCUUUUAAAUCAUAACGAAAAAAAUUGAACUUCUUGUUUAUCUAAGUGUACUUUAUGGAGUAAUACUGUUCGCCUAUUGCUCUAGUUUCACAUCAGCACCCUAUCCGCCGGCGACGAAUAGACAGAGAAGAAAGGAAAACAAAAACAAGUGCAUCGCAUUUGGCGAGAGGGCCAGCAUCAUCGCAUUCGCAACUCGCAUCAUCGAAAUUAAUCGAGUGAAUUUAUCAUUCGCGUACCGCUGCCAAAGGCAACCAUAACAAGUGAUGGCGCAGCGGAACUAGCUGUCGCUUCAAAAGGACAUCCAGCACAAAAAGGAACAGAGCAAGUGAGAAGAGGAGAAGGAAACACGCCCAUUGGCAGGACCACAAAGGAAAAGAAAGAUAGAGGAUACUUAAACACAUAUGCAAACGUCCUUGGUUCAUAGACGUCAGCAGCGGAAGUGGAGGAGCUAACAGGACGAAGGAUAGGUGACGUCGCAAAACAACAAACAACAGGAAGAGUACAAAAGCAGCAGCAACAACAACAGCCGACAAACGCAAUUAGAGUAAAAGGUGCGCCCAAAAAAGAUGGCGACAUCUGAGGCAGCACAAGGAAGUGGUGGUGGAGUAGGAAUAGGAGCAAGUGAACACAGUGGAGGAGGUGGCAGUGAUAUUGGUUUAGGCAUCGGCAUCGAGAUGCUCAAGGCGCUGUACGACUUCCAGGCGGUCUAUCCCAAGACCAUUAGCUUUGAUGAGGGCGAGUACUUCAUCCUAUAUCAGACGUCCGCCCGCCAGCGCAAUUGGUGGCAAGUGGUCAGCAUGAAGGGCAACAUUGGCUUUGUGCCCUCCAAUUACGUAAUGAAGAUUAAGGUGGAGCACGACUUCCUCAUAAGCUUUCUGAACUCCUCAAUAGAAUCACUGGAGAAGUGCACGGAACAUGAAAUCAAUGGAAUUAUGUCCAAGGACGAACUUCUGGACAGACUGCGUGAGAAGAAGCACACCAUGGAGCGACUCUAUGCAGAGAGUUCCGAACGCGAUGGUGACUCUUCACUCUCCUAUUCGCAUAGUUAUAGUGACAAGGGUAGCCAUCGGCACUCUCAUCCCCAUCCCACCCAAUCCCAAACGCAUCUCCAUUCCCAACACAGACAGCACAGUCCACCGCCCAGCGGCAGUGUUGGCUCCCAGCGCCUGGACAUGAGCAAGAAGAGUAUGUCGAGUCCAGCGGUGGGCUCAUCGUGUGGCCAACUUCAAAAUCAGGGAAUGAUGGAGUCGCCCAGUAUGGGUAGCAUGCAGUUCCAGGGUAGUAGCUGUACCAUCCAAACGCCGCAGCAGCAACAGCCACUCCCAGCACCGCCAGCACCAGCUCCAUCGCCAUCGCCAGCUCCAGCUACACCCACUGCAGCAUCAUCUAGCAAAGCAACCGUCGCAGGCGGGGAUGUAGCGCAGGACAAUAGUAUCACUUCAGAGCCCUCGGAAACGACAACGACCACUACGACGACCAGCGAGGAUGUGGUCACCACUUACAAAGAGACCAGUCAGAUGAGUACCAGCCAGCAACACAAGCCGCCAAAUGGCAGUACUGCCUCUGCAUCCAUAUCCGCAUCCGCCUCGGCCUCAGCAUUACGCAGCACCGGCGGAAAUGGCAACAGCAAUGGUAGUACGGCUGCUUUGCACCAUGAAUUGCAGCAGGAGGAGGCAGACAGCGCGCCAGACAAGUCGGAUGAUGCAAGCGCCGUGCCAAGUGACGACGGUUGCCAAGCCAAUGGAGACAGUGCUGACAAUAGUCAGGCGCUAGACAGCAUUGAUAGUCCUUCGCAUCGGCAACGUGGUCUUAGUCUGGGCAGGAUUGAGGAGGGAGCCACAGGAGGCGGGCAGCUAAAGGUGGAGUCCUCGGAUGUCUAUCAGAUUGUGGACGCCCUACGGCGAAACACAAACCUCAGCUUCGAUCUGUCCUGCGAGGCGUUGCGCGUGGUGUUGACCAGCCUGGAGCAGCUAUAUAAUGGGGCCAUUAAUCCGUACCUGGAGGCAGUUGCUGUCCAUGUUACUGGGAAAGUGGCCACACCCAAGGAACUGCUGGGCAUCACGCAUGAUGCUAAGCGACUGCAGUACCUCUUCGCCCAGCUGGCCGACUGCAAAAACGAUACAGAGCAGCGCACCUGGAUGCUCUAUGAGGAUGAGGAAGACAUCAUUCAGUUUCUCGAGGAGCUUGUCGAAAUUCUGAUCAACGCUGAUGAGAGCAUUAGCUGCUACGAGAUGUCCUGCGAUCAGUACCAGAUGUUCAUAAACCUAGUGCAAUACUAUCAGAUGGAGACGCGUUGGUCUAUUAAACGGCUGCUGCUCAAGACCUUCACGGCUGCUUGCCACCUGGACUAUAUCAUUGUUGACAUAUUACUGACCUCGGUGCUGCCACUGGAAAUUGUCGAGGACAUGAAGACGCACUUCUCCAAUUUGGAGCGUUUCAAGCAGCUAGUAAAGAUGCUAACCAUCAUCUUUUCGCUUGGACAGCCAAUGCCGGUGAAUCAUCAGGAUUAUUUGGGAGUUCACUUUGCCAGCUUUUUGUUGGAAAUCGUCGAGGGAAACAAUCCUGAGCUGUUGGUAGACAUGGUCAUUGCAUUGUUAUUGGCCUUUAAUCAACAAUUCAGCGAACACACCUUUAAUGUAAUUAUCGAGGGUAUGCAGAAUCUGCCAUCCGCUAAGGUAUUUACAGAGAAACUUCUGCUCCUGCUUAAUCGAGAGGAUGACCCAACACGCUUGCUUAAGCAUCCCAAUGAGCAUAUGAACACCGUUCUACGAAUGUUUAUUGACAUAUUCAGCCAUCCGGAUACGGCGGGCAUGUUCUACACGAACGACAUAAAAGUGCUAAUAGAUAUAGUGGUUCGCCAGCUGUCCGAUUUGGAUGCCGGCAGUUCGACGCGACCCUGCUACUUGGAGCUGUGCCGACGAAUUCUGCGCAAUACGAAUUAUCAGGAGCACCAGCACCGGAAGCAUGACCUCAUGAAGAUCUUUACGCGCAUCUUCUGCGAGGAGACAGAGUGCAGUGCCUCCGAUCAGCAGCUAGUUCGGGAAAUAGCCAAUGAAUUUCCGCAGCUGUUCAAGGCCUAAGCCCUUCAAAAUCCAUAAAACGGAAAAAACAAACAAACCAAAAAAACGGAGGGAAACCAAAAUUGUAAAGCGUUGCUAGUGAGGCGAGCCGUCGAAAGCGAGCCAACCGUAAAAUCUUAAAUUAUUUCCAAUUUGAUCAGUGAAUUGUUUUGCAUUUGUUAAACGUCUCGGUCUCGGAUAGCCCUCAGAACUCAGAAUCCCGAACUCAGAAAAUAAUGCAUUUCGAUCUAAGCCGGAUCGAAAGGGAACACACAAGCGACUCUACAUAUAUCUUAUGAACAUAGUCUGUAAGCAGGACAAAUGUACUAGUUGCAUGUGGAGUAGAUGCAACCUCAUAGAGAAUGAUACCCAAUAGCGAUAUCUACGUAUCCGUAAAACAGUUAAACAAAAAAAGGAAUGGAAGCUAUAGAAUAGUCUUGACACUGAAUUAUCCCCAAUUUAGGAUGAUUUCACUAAUUUAGAAUUUAGCCAGGGACAAUUUUAGCAAGAAACUGAGUCAGAGAUCAGCCUCACUUUUAAAUUUUUGUAGUUAUAAUUUCCAAUUUAUUUGGAAUUUAAAAUUUUGAAAAGAAAAAAGAAAGGAAAAACGAAAUCGUUUCAUGAAUAAAAUAUUUAUAGCCUAAUUAUACACCUAUAAUGAAAAUAUACAUUAAUGACAAAUGCGAAUGAAACGUUAAUUGCAAUCUACAAUUAAAAAAUUGAUAUAUAUUAACGAUGUAUGACAAAAGCAAAUUCCAAAUCGAUUCGAAUGUAAUGAGCGUAUAUUGUUAAAUUUGUUUAUAUAAUCUAUGAGGUGGAGAACUAAUCCGAACAGGAAAUCAUUGACAAUUGUUAAAGCUCAAAUACAUUUUAAUUGGAGGCUGAAAAUUAAAAAAGAAUUGAAUGUAAGGACACCCAUUUGCAUUUCUCCCUCACUAAAAUACACUCACACACACCGUGGCGUAUGCAUUUCAUAGGGCUUUAAAAAAUUCUGUAUGACAUUUAAAAGGUUAAUUGCUCAGUAAACUCAUAUAUUAAUUUGUCGUACUAAUUGUGGUGGCAUAAACUGUUGCAUACGUCACAUUUUCUCUAUAUCUCUCUCACUAUUUCUUAAGCUAAAUAUUGAAAACAAAGUUCCCAGCGGACCCUUUUGAAAAAUCCGUAAUUUAAAUCAUAUUGGUUUUUGAGGGAAAUAUUUUUCUCUUCAUCCUCUUUUUAAGCCAUUAAUUUGUAUUUGUACGUUAUUUAGUAGUUAGUUAUGAAGUAGCUUAGGUUCCUCUAAUUUCAGUUUUCAUUAGUUAUUUGUGAAAAGAAGAUUCGCUGGGAAUUGUUAUAUCUAUAUCUAAAUAAACACAUACACCCUUCUACAAACAUAAAUAGUUUUAGACAGAUUUUAUUGGCCUUCUCUUUGUUAUUGUUACGUCACAGUUAUCAAUCUAAAAAAAAAAAGAAAAACAACGAAAUUCAGAUAAAAAGUAAUAAGCAAAGAAAAUUAACAUUUUAACCCAGACUAGCAAUGAAAUAAUGUUAAUAAGGGCGGAAACCACAUUGGAUAUUUAUUUUUGAUCGACUCUUUUAACAUAAACAACAUACAUAUAUGGAAAAUCUGCUAUCAUUCCAGUUUAAUAAAAGCCACUUUAAAAAGAAGCAAUAAUCUUUUAAGUUGUCAAGCACGUCAGUUAUCAAAAAGUGGUUUUGGAAACACUGCCUGUAGUAUAGGAAGGAAUUUGAAUAUCUCGCUUUAUUCUGGAUUAAAAUAAUAGUUAAUGUAAUUAUAAAAUUGCUGCUUUCAUAAUAACAUCUAAUGUGAUUUCCCCCUUAAACUUUUCCAAUUUCAUUUUAAAAUGAUUAUUUUGCGUUUGGGACGUACUCAUUGUUUCAGUAAUCAAUUGUAAUCAAAACGCAUGAGCAUGAUAUUAAAAGAUAAAUCUUUUCAAAAAUUGUAUUGGAUCUGUUUUGAAAACUUAGAAUUUGACAAGCUACUGAUGCAUGAACGAAUUUAAUUUGCUAAGUCUCAUAAAGAAUAGGGAUAUCUACGAACAGUUAUAAACUAAACUAAAUCAGAAACUAAAACCAAUAUUAACCACAAAUUGUACCUUUCGAUUUUGAAUUUCAAUAACAUUCUCAAAAAUUGCAAAAUAUACAAACCAAAAAAACAAUAAUGUACACGAAGCUGCAAUAAAAAAAAUUAAUGUUUAAAAGUACUAUGUUAACAAAAAAUAAACACGUUUUAAGUCAAGCAAAUAGAUCUAAUUUAAAAAAUUGUUAACCUCUCAUUUUUUUGACACGAAACUGAGAUCCUAAAAACCGAAAACCAAACAAAUUACAAGUUUUAAUAAACGCAUUCAAAAUGUAACGAAACGAAAUUGCAAUUGUAAGAAACAAAAAAAUUAAAUAAAUAAAAAAUCCAAGUAUAUUAACUGUGA